ACAAAGCAGCAUGGCGUGUUGUCAAAAUCUUGUCCUCUAUUAUUUUAUACAAACAUAUAUCUAAUAUAUAGUCUAGAUUACUAACUUAAUCGUUUUUUGAUGAUCCAUGAUGGCGGAGAAACCAGAGGGAUUGAACAAAUGUUUGCGAGACUUUUCUGAAGAAGCGCGAGAACUUUACCUGAACCAAUCCGUGCCUUACCUCGAGCUCCCUCCCGCCCCACUGGAGUUCUACCGCGACUGGAUUGGUCCAAAUAAGCCCUGCAUCAUCCGCAAUGCUUUCAACCAUUGGCCAGCCCUGUCCAGAUGGAGCCCAGACUACUUCAGGGAGAAGCUGGGGUCAAAGGUCAUCAGCGUGGCGGUGACCCCUGACGGCUACGCGGACGCGGUGAGCGACGGGCGCUUCGUGAUGCCGGAGGAGCGGAGCAUGACCUUCUCCUCGCUGCUGGACGUCAUCGAGGGCAAGGUGGAGCAGCCGGGGGUGUACUACGUCCAGAAGCAGUGCUCCAACCUGACGGAGGAGCUGCCGGAGCUGACAGCGGACAUAGAGGAGGACAUACCCUGGAUGAGCCAGGCCCUGGGGAGGUCACCUGAUGCGGUGAACUUUUGGAUGGGAGAAGCCAGUGCUGUCACUUCCUUACACAAGGACCACUAUGAGAACCUGUACUGCGUGAUUUCUGGAGAGAAGACUUUCAUCCUCCUCCCGCCGAGCGACCGGCCUUUCAUCCCAUACGGCCUGUACCCGCCGGCGGUCUACAGGCAGGCCGCGGACGGACGCUUUGAGGUGGACGAGCAGACGGACGCCGAGAAGGUGCCCUGGAUCCCCCUGGACCCCCUGGACCCGGACCUGGAGCGCUACGGGUCGUACCGCGGGGCCAGACCCCUGCUGUGCCGCGUGGCGGCGGGCGAGAUGCUGUACCUCCCCUCCCUCUGGUUCCACCACGUCAGGCAGAGCCAGGGCUGCAUCGCUGGUGCUGCCUCACUACUACCUCACUACUACUACAUCACUACUACCUCACUAAUAAUGCUACUACCACGUCAGGCAGAGCCAGGGCUGCAUCGCUGGUGCUGCCUCACUACUACCUCACUGCUACUACAUCACUACUACCUCACUACUACUGCUACUACCUCACUACUACUGCUACUACAUCACUACUACCUCACUACUACUGCUACUACAUCACUACUACCUCACCACUACUGCUACUACAUCACUACUACCUCACUACUACAUCACUACUACCUCACCACUACUGCUACUACAUCACUACUACCUCACUAA